GGUAGUAGUAGAUACUUGUCCCUCUUCCACGUCUUUACUUCUCCUCCCCUCAAUUCCCCCCUCCCCCACGAUAAUGCUCAGGGCUUAUCGCUAAUCGUCAAUACAAUCAGAGCGCGGAUCGCUCUUGCUAUCAUCUCCCUUUCCCCGCGGUACCCUCCACAUUGUCUGCAUCACCACGCGACCGACCUGCAUCAUCCGACAUACCUAACCAACCCCCAAGAUCACCGAUCAUCAUGGCCCAGAAAGCAGCCAAAACCCUCGCAGCGCGUAAUGCCUCCCUCCUCCUCCGUACCCACGUCAUCAGUGCCGCCCUCCAUGCGCUCUUCCUCGUCCUGCACUGGCUCUUCAACCGGCCGCGCUCCCUGACCCCCUACUUGGUUCUGGCCUGUCCCACUCUACUCAUUGAAUUCUACCUCGACCGCCUAGGUCGUCCAAGCUACGCCACACCCGAUGGCUCCCUACGUUCACCCGGUGAGGAUCUUGGAGCCGCGGGAUUGACAGAGUACAUGUGGGACGUUCUGUACUGGACGUGGGGCUGUAUCGGUGCCGUUUGCGUGUUUGGAGACCGCGCAUGGUGGCUGUGGACCGUGGUGCCCGUGUAUUCGGUAUGGUUGGCAUACUCCACAUUUACUGGGAUGAAGAAUGGUCUUGCAGGAAUGGGAGGCGGUGGUGGCGGCCAGGAGCAAGUCGCGACCGAGAGCAAGAGGCAGAAGAAAAUGGAAAAGAGGGGUGGGCAGCGUGCUCAGUAUCGCUGAGCUCCACUCAUGGCGUUGAGUGGGCUACGUGUUGAAGGGCUGUCGGAGAACACAUAUGUACAGGGUCCGCGCAUAGCGCGAUUUAGGAAACCGCCUCCAACGUCGAGGGAAAAGCAUUCUCAGGGUGUAGUUUGGACACAAAAUCAACGCCUCUAAUACGAAGAAGGUCGGCGCUGGGGACCCAAGACGAUUAAUCUCGGCCAGCCGUUCCAGAAAGGGCAGAUAGUACAGAGCAAGGUAGGAAACGGAAACGGUGGAACGAUCACCAGGACAGGGGCAAAAGUGUCAUCAAAUGAAAAUGCUAUGUCGUGACGUACAAUCGUAGGAACUAUGUGGGGAAUAAUCAAGGUCAUGAUCGAUCUGAGAUAGCAAUCAAGCGAAUAACAAGAAAAUUGGGAUAUCAAUCAU